GAAUGCGUGCGUGCUCGCCACCCUUCUGUUGUUCUCUCUCCGGAGCGUGCACGCACGCGUCUAUCCCCACCUCUCAAUGUAUUUCCAGCGUCUGCUGGACUUGUACAGACACCGCGUCGGAUUCCGAAUACAGAUGGAGAUCUCACUGAUGUCUGAUGGCCACCGGCGCAUCCAAGCUGCGCUAAAGCACACAAGUCAACUAUGAUACACUGGCAUGUGUCUCGAGUGCCAAGCUGUGCGCUGAUGGGGAUCAUAGAGGAACCGGCUGAGAAAGAGAUUUGUUUGGACAUCACAGGAAAAGCUGCCCGUGGAAAUGAGUCCUGAAGAGAAACCAAAGAGGCACUUUACCACUGUGAGUCUAUGGAGAGAGAAGUGCAGACUUUCUGUCUUCUCUACGAGGAAAGGAAACUUAAAUGACUUCUGAACAUCAAGGUGAAUUCAUUCUUCAUUUGAAGCACUUUUACAACGUGCAUUGAAAUAAAUGGCUCAAACUGGUUUCAAACAGCCGCACCUGAAUUAAGAUCACAGUGUUUUAAGUCUGUGGGAAUAUACUGGACAAACAGGCAUUUAUGCAUCUUGAAUGAUAAAUUAAUCCAUAUGCGCAAUCUUUAUUAUUCUUAUCCCGUUACGCACGUUUAAUUCGCAAUAGAAGCGCCUGCAAGAUCCGGAGCAGGAACUCAGGAAAGGUCGGUGCUCCUGUCAAGAGAAUAUUAACGCGACAGGCCGUUUAAGAAAGAAGACUGGUUGAAAUUUUCUGCGUGUUUUUUAACAACAGGCUGUUGUGCCCUUUAUGUCCGUCUGACAGGACGCGGAGUCUCCAGUGAACGCUUAUUCUGAAUCUGAAGAACAAAAGAGGGCGGAAGGUUUCUUUUUAAGAAACCAUGUUGAGUUAUUUUUCUUAAGUAGCCUAAAUAAUGUAGAAACACAUCGUUUUUUAAAGUUUGGACUUUUUUUUAACAUACUCAUCCCCUGCUGGACUUUUUUAAUGUUUAUUUGAUCAAGAGUUUUUGGACUUUAUUAUGCAUAACUGUGUUGGAUAUGAGGAAUGCCAUAACUUACGUCAAGCAUAAAUGCUGACAGUCCUCUAAGUGGUCUCAUAAGUACAAUUUUCUUCUUGAAAACUAAUGCAAUGGCUCAUUUAUGGGGAAAAUUGUGCACUUGGCAUCAGAAUGGAGUGAAGAAGUUCCCUAAGGAGUCAAAGCAAACAGUCCUUGACUUGAGUCUUCAUUUUUGUGGUGUUAUUAUGUAACUUUGAUUCAUCAGUGAGAGAACAUUUUUGAUUCACUUGUAGUAAGUCGAAAGAUUCCAUGCGCUUUGGAUAAACCUCUCCGACCCAUGUGCGUCAAGAAAGACAGAAGAGAAGAGGAAUGCGCUAUUGACGUCAUGAGGUGAAAUAACCAAAACUCAAAAUCCUGGAACUGUCUAAACGCAUGAGUAAAUUUUUCGUGAUUUAGUCGUCAGAGCUGUUUGGCGCCAUCUCCGUUUGUUUCCCCCUCUUGAUUCUUUUUCCACCCAAGCACCUUAUUUUCAUCAUUUUUUGCAUUUCUCCCAGCUUGCCUCUGAUCUGAACGGUAUCAUGGCUUCUCCUCAACAUCAACAUCUGCUGUUUCACAACAGCGAAGUAAGCUGCGACUCCAGCGGCGACGGUGCCAUUUCUGUGCGGAUCAGCGGCACCAAGCCGCACAAACAGCAGCGUGGGAGUCUGGGCGCCAGCGCCAUGUGCAGCAUCAUCGGGGGCUCCAAACAUUGCAAGUACAGCAUCUCUUCCAGCUGUAGCUCAGGCGAAUCCGCCAUCCGCAAACCAGUGGUCAAAGGCCUCCGGACUCAAAGGAAGAUGCCGCAGCUGUUCGAAAGGUCGGCCGGACAUUUCUGGAACCCCAAGUUUGACUCCAACAUUCUGGAGGAAGCCUGCCGCGAGCGCUGCUUCCCUCAAACGCAACGCCGUUUCCGUUGUGUGUUGCUUUACUUGGCGGCCGCCAGCCUCCUCUGGGGGUUGUUCUUCAUUGCUAAUGCUAAUCGAUGUGAAAGAACUGCCUUCUUAUUGCCCACAACUGCCUUCCUACUCCUCUGUUCUGUCCUGUUCGCCUUCACGUUCACCCGGUUCUACUCCCACUGCUACAAUCAAGCCUCGCUGUUGCUCAUCGUGGUGACAUUUACCCUCACUCUUGCACCUCAGAUCCAGACUUCAGGCUUUAGUGACUUUAAUGUUCCUCCUUUGAAGGAUGAAGAGGACGCAAGCGACUUCAGUGGCGCUGAGGAUAAAAACCUGACGUUUGAAGCCACCCGAAGUGGAGGUCUAGUUGCUCCUUGUUUGUCCCCAGUUGGCACCUUCUCUUUAGGCAUGGAGGUGCUUUCGUUGCUCUACAGUUUCCUCCACGUCCGUUUGUAUGCUUCGCUCCUGCUCGGCUUGCUCUACUCAGUGCUUUUUGAGACUCUUGGCUGGAUGCAUUUGAUUCAAGGCAAUGGCUGGAGGAACUCCACCGAGGAACAUUUGGAAACGCUCUACUGGCUGAUCCCAGGAAGGGCAAUUUUACAUCUUUGCGCCCACGUCAUUGGCAUCCACCUUUUUAUUAUGUCCGAAGUGCGUUCACGCAGCACGUUCCUCAAGGUCGGCCAAGCCAUCAUGCAUGGGAAAGACCUGGAGGUGGAAAAGGCCCUGAAGGAGCGGAUGAUCCACUCGGUGAUGCCUCGUAGGGUGGCCGAUGAGCUAAUGAAGCAGAGCGAUGAUGACAAUGACAAUUCGGUUAAGCGCUACUCGACGGGAGCGGCCAUUGCGGGCGCCUCCAGCCCAAAGAGCACCAAACGCAAGAAGACGUCGAUACCUCGAGGCCAGAUCAUCUUUCGGCCGUUCAACAUGAAACGCAUGGAGCCGGUCAGCAUCCUGUUCGCAGACAUUGUGGGAUUCACCAAGAUGAGCGCCAAUAAGUCAGCGCAUGCCCUAGUGGGACUCCUCAACGACUUAUUCGGACGCUUCGAUCGCCUGUGUGAGCUCACAUGUUGCGAGAAGAUCAGCACACUGGGAGAUUGUUACUAUUGCGUGGCUGGUUGUCCCGAACCAAGAGAGGACCACGCCUACUGCUGUGUAGAGAUGGGGCUUGGGAUGAUCCAGGCCAUUGAGCAGUUCUGUCAAGAAAAGAAGGAGAUGGUGAACAUGCGUGUUGGCGUCCAUACUGGCACCGUGCUGUGCGGGAUCCUCGGCAUGAAGCGCUUUAAGUUCGACGUCUGGUCCAACGAUGUCAACCUAGCCAAUCUUAUGGAGCAGUUGGGUGUUGCCGGGAAGGUACACCUUUCGGAGGCCACGGACAGGUUUUUGGAUGACCGGUACUUGCGAGAAGACGGGCGAGUCACAGAAAGGAUUGGACCAAGUGUGGUUGCAGAUCAGCUUAAAGGUCUUAAGACGUAUCUGAUAUCCGGGAGGAAGGUGAAGCACACCCAGUGGAGCUGCCCUCCAUCUGCUCUGGUGGCUCCUGAGCUCAGAAAGUCUCUCAGCGCCUCGUCCUUCAGCCACAGCCCUGACAUCACAUCCUCGGCCUGCGCUCUGACCCCUGCCCCAGACAGAGCUAAGUUAAAAAAAAAGUGGAUGCAUUGGAUUCUUAGUGAAUUCUUCACAAAUCUAAUCUUGUUUUCUGUGCUUCUACGUUGCAGUCUGAUGAAAGAUUACUUCUUUAGACCUCCCAUCAACAAGUUGAGUCACACUUUCAUAGACAAAUCCCUGGAGUCGGCUUACAGGACCAGCUACCAGGAUGAGGUUAAGACACAGGCUCCUGUCCAGACGUUUGCCAGUCCAACGUUCAGCUCUUUCCUAGACAUGCUUCUGUGCUGUUGUGUUCUCCUGGCUCUCUCUGUGGCCUGCUUCCUGCGACCACUGGUUACCCAACAGCCCCUGCCCACACCUGCCCUCAUAGUGGCCGCAGUUGCAGCUGUGCUUGAAUGUUUGGCCCUAGUGCUGGCAAUACGACGAGCCUUUUACCUGGACCGUGUCCUGAACUGCACCAGGAACCUCCUCUGGGCCAUUUCUGGCUGGAUUCCCCGUCACAUGAUCGGAGCAGUGCUGGUGUCUUUACCUGCAGUGGCUGUGUUUUCUCAUAUCACCUGCAAUAUGCAUGACUCCCUACAGUUCACCAUGUUCACCUGCUGUGCUGUCAUAAUUGCCAUCAUCCAGUACAGCAAUUUCUGCCAGCUCAGUUUCUGGAUGCGUUCAAGCCUUGCGACGCUUGCGGGACUCACCUUUCUCAGUGUGCUCUGGAGCCCCCCUUGCAGCACUUGGGAACGUUUAUUUUUGAGGUCCAGUGAUUUCAACAGCAGCUUUAAUGACGUUCAGUCCCCUGCAGAAGAUUUGACCCGACUGCAGGACCUGCUCGGACCGGAAGCUUUGGUUGCCUUCUUCCUAUUGCUCCUCCUCGUUUGGUUCCUAAACCGCGAGUUCGAGGUGAGCUACCGUCUACACUACCAUGGCAACGUGGAAGCAGACCAGCACCGCAUCAAGAUCCAAAACAUGCGGGACCAGGCCGACUGGCUCCUGCGCAACAUCAUCCCCAUCCACGUGGCUGAGCAGCUGAAGGUGACCCAGAGCUACUCGAAGAACCACGACAACGUGGGCGUCAUCUUCGCCAGCAUCGUCAACUUCAGCGAGUUCUACGAGGAGAGCUAUGAAGGCGGGAAGGAGUGCUACCGUGUCCUAAACGAACUCAUCGGGGACUUCGACGAACUCUUGCGCAAAUCGGACUUUUCCAAUAUCGAGAAGAUCAAGACGAUCGGUGCCAGCUACAUGGCGGCAUCGGGGCUCAAUACUCAACAGUGUAGCGAUCAAGCCCAUCCGCAUGCCCACCUGCGAGCGCUCUUCGAAUUUUCUUUGGAAAUGAUGCGCGUGGUGGACGACUUUAAUAAAAACAUGCUUGGCUUUAAGUUCAAGUUGCGAAUCGGGUUCAACCACGGACCUCUUACCGCCGGUGUCAUCGGCACCACCAAGCUACUCUACGACAUCUGGGGUGACACGGUGAACAUCGCAAGCCGGAUGGACACAACUGGCGUGGAGUGUCGUGUUCAAGUUAGCGAGGAGAGCUACUGUGUGCUCAGUGGAAUGGACUACGAGUUCAACUACCGCGGUACCGUCAACGUGAAGGGCAAGGGUCAAAUGAAGACCUACCUUUACCCGAAGAGCCCAGACAGCGGACCUGUACCUCAAUACCAGCUCUCGGUCUCUCCAGAAAUCCGAGCGCAGGUGGAUGGCAGCAUCGGACGCUCACCCACCGAUGAGAUCGCCAAUAUGGUCCCAGCGGCCAGUGCUAGUAGAGUAGGCGCGUCGUUCUCUGUGAGCUCAGGACUUACCGGACAGGGAUUCGCCGGUAGAGACUUUCCUGAGAAGACUGGAAACAAUGGUACGUCGAAGACUCAACGAUCUGCGUCUGCGGUUGGCCUGACUUGCAUACCGGAAACCAGCUUGAGCGCAAGGCCAGUGGUUUUCGGUAAACCACUGGGCCCGACUUUGACCUCUCCUCCUGUCCGGUCGGAAAUUGCAGAGGUUGUUGCAAAAAUGGAGGGAGAAAUUGCGUACAUGGGCGAAAUGACAAAACUUUGACUUGAAACAAGCCAACAUUGUUAUCGCUGUUGGCUUUAACCCUUUAAACACAGGCUCCCCAUUGAGUUUGUCGAGAUAGGCGUGUUUAGGGAUGUAUGCGAGCGUAGAUUUGCAUCCUCAUAUGUGGAAAGUUUAAGCACACAACUUUGAAGUGUUUAUAACGCUAGCCGAACCUGGAGAUACUUUCACAUCUGGAUGGUGGUGCUGGACCGUAAAGGAGCCACAUGAACCAUUUCUACAUGGGAUACGAAAUGCAGAGGAGAUGGCAUUUGGACAGCACAGACCUGAAGUCCCAUUCUUAAAUAGACUUAUUUCCGCUAAUUUAAUUUCGAAUAUUAUUUCCCUCUAGCUUCUACUAUUGUCUGCCUUUCGUGAAUGGUUUUCUUUUAAUGAAGUGCCUUUAGAAUGAUAACAAUAUGUAUGAGGCAUUUUUCAAGAAGGUUUCUCAAUCAAAUCUUUUGCUGAAUAUCUAAAAGAUUUAGCAUGUAAAUUUGAUGUUAGAAAGCGCUUUAAUUUUUGUGAAAGUAUUUGAUAUAUUUUGGAAUUUUUGUAGAUAAUUUGAGUUCUCUCAGUUGGAUGUUCAUCAGCCUGUAUUCAAAACAAUUUUACAAAGCAAAACUCUGUAUUGCGAUGAUUGCUGUUUUAAAAAGACCCAAAAAAGAUUGCGUUUGGUGCAUGGCCAAAAGUGUCUGUGAAGAAGUAUUAGCGAAAUGUAGAGCAAGCUAUGGGCUAAAAUCAUCAAACAUUUCUACAGCGCUUUAUCUUAAUGCAUGUAUUCCUAAGUGUCUGAUUAUGGCCUUUCCUUCUCUUUUUUUCAUGAUUUUUCCAAUUGCUCUUCAUUCUGCAGCUAAAUGCUUGGUUGGCCGACCAACAUCUGAAUUUCAGAUGAAAGUUCUAAGACGAUGUGCAAGUUUGCCUUAACGCUAAUGAGAUCAUAGUCUUAAAGGACAAAAAUGCAUUCAUGCAUUAGCUACUGUGACUUUCAGACUUUACACAAAAUAUUACAUAAAAUAUAAAAAUGGGCAGUCAGUUUUAAGAUGUAGGCAGUUUGUUUACAAGUCAACAUAAAAUCAACACUGACCCCAUUUCCUCUCCUAAAAACAUUCCUAGUCUUAUUCUGGAUGAUUCAUUAGUGCAUGUUGUUGUAAAAGCAAAAAUGUCUGUAAUCUUUCAUCAAGAUUUAAACUUGUGCCAUCUCUGAAAUUAAUUUUCAGCUGAUGUCACCUAGGCUGUGCAGGCCUGGAAUAUAAUAGUAAUCAGUAGCUAAAUAACAUUGUUUAAGGCUACUGUUGUAGGUAGUGCAGCAAUUCAAAAUUAAACUGAUUAUGGCAAUAAUAGCAAAUAGGCCUAAUGAUAGUUUUGAAAACAACGCUUUAAAAUUGGAUGUACUCUGGUCAAAAAUUGGGAAAAAAGAUGGUAUCGUCUACUUCCACCGUCUAAUCCUGUGGUACUCAACAGGGGGCCCGUCUGCACUAAUUUUGUGGCCCGCGUCAUGAAGAAGAUUAAUGUAUUUAAUCAAGCAAGUCUUAGAUAAGUGAUAAACUGCAUUUCUAAAUCAGUAAAACUGCUAAUAUUUUCAUAAAUAAAGUCUUAUGAUGCAAACUGUAACUUCGCAUUUUAUGUGGUUUAAAUCGGGCCUGCUUGGCCUCUGAACUUGAGUACCCCUGGUCUAAUCAGUCCCUGAUGGAUCAAAUUAAAUCCUAUCCUACUUUUUUUUCUCAUGGAAUAUAAUGUUUCACUUAAAAUUACGUCAUAAGAGAGUAUGAGCGUGCCAUUUCAUGUUGGCUUUGAUUUUAAUUAUCUUGCGCUGACAUCUUGAGUGUUAAAAUUUAAUUCAGUUUGUUCAAAUGUGAAAAAAUAAAACUUUAACUGUACUCAGAUCUAAAGAGACAAGAAAUUGUUGCCAGUUAAUUCACCAUAGUGGCAUAACAGUUUCAAGUACUGGCAAUAAUCUAGGUAACAUAUAUGUACCCGGCCAGUCAAAUGUACAGACUCGUGUGAAUAUUAGAAUAGAUUAGACCAUAGCCUUGACUCUGCCUGCUUGUCUUUUGAUGUGCAAUAGUAAAGGGUAAAUUAUUGUAUGGGAUAUUAGCAAAAGGAAGUAGAUUUUAAUCUUUUUAACAUUGAGCUUUGUGAGUAACUUAAUCUGCACUGAUACUACAUACAUUUUAUGACUGUCUAAUGAUUUAAAAAUUGAUGUUUUACAGUUUGAUAGCAGUUUAGUGUCUUUGCUUUUUCCCUUAAUUUUUGGCUUUAUGAUGGGCAACCUAUAUUAGUUUAAAAGGGUUGUGUGCUCAAAGAUUUGCUAUUGAUUUGUCAUGCUUCACAUUCAGUGGUGAUAUUUAUGGGAAUAUGAGAAAAUGUGAAAUGUAUAACUUUUCUUGACAUUGCUGUGAAUUUGCAAUCCGCCAAGAACCUAUACAUUUAAAAGGGAAUUGUUAUAAAAGGUGAUUGAUUUGUCAGUAUUUCUCAUUGUAUAUAUUAGUGCCUUUUACUCAUUUAGAAUGCAUUGAUCAGUCAAAUAACAUCAUCCUGUUUAUCUGUUCAUUGUCAUACACUAAAUGCUUGUGUAUGAUAAAUGUCUUCAGAUUCAACGUGAUCUUUAGCGCUGUGCCUUUUCUUAACGAUUAGCUUGACAUGUCCAUUUUCACUGUAUAUUCCUUUUGAAUGUGAACUGCUCUUCAUUUAAAAAUGUACAGGAUGAAUAUUGUCAUUUUACUCCAAGGUGCCAUGCUAAUAUGUCAUUUUUAUUCUGUGCUGAUUUUGAUACUGUUCAGUUGAUGUGUUUUUGGUGACACCAAGCAUAGCAAUCCAUGUAUUUAUGAUAUAUUUUAUAGGGGCACGACUUUUGCUAAAUAAUAAAAGUGCCCUUGCUGUCUGGAUGGGUAACGAGCACACAACCCUUAUGGGCUCCUCUGUUUCAGAGUAGUAGAGCAAUAUAAAACUUGAUCCAACUAAAUAAGCAUUACGCUUCAGCCUCCGAACUGCUGCUUGAACUUAGCUUGACAAAGCACAUUUGUGUUUUUCAUCGGUUAUUUUUAUGGAAAUGUGCUCCUUAUGAACUUUCCAUUCUAUUACUUCUGUCUGAGACUUUAUUGUGAGGAAAACACAUUUAGGAUGAAUGAAAGUGCUGAAGUAAUGUACGAUAACAGAAGAGCCGCAUUUUAUUAUUAUUAUUUUUUUAUUUGAUUUAAUUUACUAUCACUUCAGUUGUCACAAUUGAUGAUUCCAAGCAAUUUGACGUAGGAAAUGUGUGUAUGUAAAAUUUGACACACAAAUGUGUUUUAAUAGAAAUAUCACACACUGGGACUUCUUGCCAAAGAGUGUAUUUAUUCAAGAAUGUAUGAUUUUGAGUUUCUCUCAGUUUCUUCAGUUAUAAACUCAAUCUGUAUUCAUUUGUAUAAAGAUUUUAUUUUCUCUCCUAUGUUUGUACAUAUGCAUUGCUCUGUGUGUUGACAUAUAAUUCAUUUUUGUAUUAUUUAUAUCAAUGCAUGUGCCAUACUGUUACAUCAAAGCUAAUGGAUGAAAAGGGAAAGCCAAUAAUACAGUGUUGAAGUCUG